AUGAACAGGUAUCACAUCUGGGAAGACCACUUGAAGAUUAAACACGUGGAGUUUGAGGACGAAGGCACUUACACAUGCAUCGCGAAGACUGCUCUGGACACAGUGAAGGCGAGAGCACAGCUCAUCGUUGUCGAAUUCAUCAUUGAGUUUGAGGAGAAUAUAUUCCACCCUGGGAAGUGGCACACCUUGACGCAAGUGGACGGUGACCAGCAGGAGGCGGUGCUGCGCCUCUCGCCAUAUGUCAAUUACAGCUUCCGCGUCAUCUCUGUCAACCAGUUUGGGGCCAGCACCCCCAGCGAGAGCACUGCACGCUACAAGACACCAUCAGCAGCCCCUGACAAGAACCCUGAAGGAGUUAAGGGUGAAGGGACUGCGCCCAACAACAUGGUGAUCUCGUGGGAGGAGCUGAGAGAGCUGGACUGGAACGGCCCGGAGAUCGAGUACAUUGUCAAGUGGAGACAGCUGGCGGAGGGCAAUCAGUGGAAGGAACUUGUGGUGGAGAGCUCUCCCUACACUGUCAACAACACCCCCACGUUUGCCCCCUACCAGAUACAAGUGCAAGCUUCCAACCAGCUCGGCGUGGGCCCAGAGCCACAGACCGUCAUUGGCUACUCUGGGGAGGACUAUCCCCUCCUGAACCCAGACCACGUCAGCGUGCUGAAUGAGAGCAGUUCCAGUGUCAGGGUCACGUGGAACCCGGUCCCAGCAGACUCGCUCCGAGGGCAUCUGAAAGGGUACAAC